CAUGCGCAGUAGACACGUAAACGAAAGUAUCUGCUGCUUGUACGAGCAGUUGUGUUUACGCUUUUUUUUAAAAAAAAAUCUCAGCAAGUGAGACGAGCUUUAAUAUCCACUAAACAGCGCAUUUACAGAAUAAAAUCCGUGUUUUGCGGGUUUAGCAGCAGCAUGUUCACCUCCCAGACCUCGUCCUUCCAGGAUUCUAUUGACGUGGAAGAGAGAGAUGACUUUGACAGCGAGGAAAUUUCGGGAUACAGCCAGAAAAUUCAGCUCAACUGCUACUACACCAUCUAUCUGUAUCAAGGCACCAGAUCUGAGGCUUCUGGGGAAAAUGUGGCAUGGAACCAGAGACGAGCAGACUCCACAACCAGUCAGGAUGACUUUAGCCUGACGCUGGUCGACAGCAGCCUGCCGCUGGAGGCGGAACCAGAGCUGCGGACCUACAUUUCAAGGAGGCUGAGCAAAGGAGCCCUGCUUGGAGGGAUGGGAAACAUCGCCACUGUGGAACUCAGUAUUCCAGAGCAGGCAGUCGGCUGCUACUGUUGUCUCCUGGAACAGGAAAGAUCUCCUGAACAGCCGGACGCUGAUGGAAACGGAUAUGUGAUCUGCUUCAUGGGAGGGUCUGAAAAAGGGCUGAACUUAUUCAGACUGGAGCUUGAUAAAUACGUCCAGGGCCUUCAGAGCAGCCUGCAAACCCCAGAGCUGCAGAACCUUGAGACGGAGGUGCGUCCUUAUCUGAGCCAGUGGUUCGAGGAGUCUGUGAUGCACAUUUAUCGAGUGGUACAGCUGGUCCAGAACAACAUCAGCUUCCUGCUGCACGCUGCUCUGAGUCACACUCAUGUGGACAUCAUCAACUCAGACGAGAGGACAAAGACGGACGUGACCAGGUUCAUCAAAGCAGCCAGUCUGCAGGGUCUUUCCCAGCAGGACGCCACCACAGCGUCUCUGUGUAAAGCCAUCUCAGAGGACACCCAGUCUGACCUGAUCAUAGACUGCUCCACCAGCCCCCCCAGUCUCACCAACACUGUCAGUAAUCGUUUCUGUGAUGACUGGAUUCAGGCAUUUCUAAACGCCGCUGAGCGUUGUAACCCCUUCCUGCUCAGGCAGAUUCUGGAGAACUUCAAACUAAAGGCCAUCCAGGACAUGAACAGUCUGAAGCGCUUCGUGCGGCAGGCUGAGAUGAGUCACUACGCUCUGUUCCGCUGCUGCCAGUUCCUGCAGGGAUGUGGAAACGGGGACGUGUUGCUGCAGAACGCCCGAGCGGAACACAGCGACCUGCCUGAAGCCUGCAGCAUCAUCGGCGUGCUGGAGGAGUUCCUCAGGGAACGGGAACAGGCUCAGGCAUGACUCCACCACAUGAAGGUUCUUUAUAACAGCUACCUAAACCUACACUACAUCCCAUCAAAAACAUUAGAUUCCCUGAUAAAACAUUUGAAUACGCCAGCUCCACAAUUUAAAUGCAUGUUCUAAAAGUUUCCUUUGCUGGCUCUACUAAUGCUCCAGAGACAGAGGAGUGGUGGUUAGAUCUGUAAUCUGUACUGUAAAACACUGAACAUUCACCUUUUCUCAGCUAAUCUGUCGUUUCUUUUGACUAGUGGUAGUUUUUGGAUCAGUAACAGGACGGAGUGUUGACAUUAAGUUGUUAAUUAGAAACUAAGAUAUGAAAACAUAAAAGAGUGAUUUGAAUACAAAUCAUUUUAGAUGCAGCUGUAGGCAUGGACUGUGUGUUUGUGUGUUUGUUUAUGUGUGUUUGUGUGUUUGUGUGUGUACAUAACGAUACUAUGAACCAAAUAUUAUUUCUAGUGUUUUGCAGACUGACAAUGAUCUCAACAUAGAACUGAUCCAAAUGUUUAUUUAAUGUCCAAAUACUGUUUUAUUAUUGUUCAGUUCUUUUUUUGAUUGUACUAGUUUUCAUAUUGCAAAUGCACAAAUCACUUUUAUGCAUUGCUUGUUAAAUAGAGCUUGUUUUUGCUUACAACCUGCACUACUUUUUAUUUUUAUCUACUGUAUGUACAUACUGGAAGUGUCUGCGUGUACUUUAUGGAUAUGGUGUGUACUUUAAUUAUUUCCUGUUUACAACCGGCUUCACUGCAAACAGAACAUUCACUCUUUGACCAGUCACUACAUUUACUAAACCCUCAGUAAUACCUUAAUUCUAACAAGUAGACCAGAGGUGUCAAACUCAUCUUAGUUCAGGUUCCACAUUCAGCCCAGUUUGAUCUCCAGUGAUCUGGACCAGUAGAAUCACAGCAUAAUAACCUAUAAAUAACCACAACUUCAAAUGUUUCCUUUGUUUUAAAUGCUCACAUUUAAGGAAUGAUCUUUUUACAAAACACUAUAAACAAGCUGAAGUUUUUUGAGAAAAAUAAGUUCAAUUUCAGCAGCAUUCAGCCUCAGUUUAUUAUUUACAAAUUACAACUUCCAGAUCACAGUUUAUCUACAAAGGAACACAACAUUUAGUCACAGCUAUCUGGAACUGAUGAUAUACACUGCUCAAAAAAAUUAAAGGAACACUUUGAAAACACAUAUUUCAAUGCGGUGAAAAAACAAACUGGAUAUUUACGUUGAUAUGGACUGGAUAAUGUGUUAGGAAUGAAAAGAUGCCACACCAAUGAUCAACCUACAGAGGGCUGAAUUCAAGACAAAAGUCAAAGUGAAGAACUGAUGGUGCAGGCUGGUCCAUCUUUCUGAAAUUCCUUGGCAGCAACUCAGAAUGGUACCCAGUAGUUGGUGUUUCCUCCAUGUGCUUGUAUGCAGCCUCAUGAUGUCGGGGCUCUUAAUGAGACGAUGGAUGGUGUCUUGAGGUAUCUCCUCCUAGAUCUGGACCAGGGCAUCACUGAGCUCCUGGACAGUCUGAGGAGCAACCUGGUGGUGUUGGAUGGACCAAAACAUAAUGUUCCAAAGGUGUUCUAUUGGAUUCAGGUCAGGUGAGCAUGGGGGCCAGUUAAUGGUAUCACUUCCUUCAUCCUCCAGGAACUGCCUGCAUACUCUUACCACAUGAGGACAGGCAUUGUCGUGUACCAGGAGGAAUCCAGGACCACUGCACCAGUGUAGAGUCUGACAGUGGGUCCAAGGAUUUCAUCCUGAUACCUAAUGGCAGUCAGAGUGCUGCUGUCCAGCCUGUAGAGGUCUGUGUGUCCCUCCAUGGACAUGUCUCCCCAGACCAUCACUGACUCAUCACCAAACCGGUCAUGCUGAACAAUACUACAGGCAGCAGAACGAUCUGCACAGCUUCUCCAGACCCUUUCAUGUCUGUCACAUGUGCUCAUGAUGAACCUGCUCUCAUCUGUGAAAAGCACAGAGCACCAGUUCAUUUCAUGAACACCAAAGCAGCUGAAACUGACUAAAAACCACCUCUUUUACUUACUUGACCAGAUCAGUAUCCCAGAAGUUUAACUGUCUUGAUGCAAUACUUAGAUUAAAAAGUGUUCCUUUAAUUUUUUUGACCAGUGUAGUAUUUUACUUUAUGAUCAAAACGACAAAAGUCAGACAAAAAAGUCCAAAAAGAACAGACGACAAAAUAUUGCAAAAAUGAGACACAAAAUGACAAAAACGAGUAACAAAAUGACAAAAAAUGAGACAAAUGAUGCAAAACAAAACAAGACAAAAAAUUAGACAAAAAAGUUACAAUGCAACAAAAAAAUGGACAAACACCAAAAAUUUGACAGAAAAUGACAAAAGUAAGAAACAAAACAACAAAAAAAUAGACAACAUAAGUGAGACAAAAAAAACACAAAAAUGAUACACAAAACCAUGAAUAAAGCAAAACACAAAAUGACAAAAAUAUGACAAAAAACACAAGCGAGACAAAAAGGAAACACAAAACAACAAAAGUGAGAAACAGAGUGGCAAAAACAUGAGACGACAAAAGACAAAAACCAAAAAUAUUACAAAACGAGGCACAAAACAACAAAAGGACAAUGAACAAUCUACCGUAGUAUUUUACUUUAUGAUCAAAACAACUUGUCAUUUAUAGUUUCACCAAUUUACAAUCUACAGUUCAUGUCUUCUCUGUCAUUUUUACACUUUACAAAGUGGGCCGGAUCGGACCCACUGGAGGGCCGGUUUUGGCCCGCAGACCGCAUGUUUGACAGCCCUGUUCUAAUUGUUCAGGUGAUAUUUUAAUCUCAGUUUUUUUCUAGUGUAUUAUAUCAGGCAACAUGUCAAAAACACGAGGAAUUAGCAGUUUCUAUUUGCCUGCAGGAAACGAUAAAAGAGAUGCUGUAUUUUUUUUUAUGUUCCAUAAAACCCAUGAAGGGUUGAAGCUCAGAUCAUUCCCCUUAAAUCCAAAGUGUGUGAAACAGCAAUAUGGAUGUUUAUGGUGUGAACGUUUCAGCAGUGAACCUUGUGGCAUGGAAAGUUAUUGUGAGCCACAGUGCUUCUCUGUAGACUCUUCUGUACAGCGUGUCCUCCAUAGUUAAAAAUGAUCACAUAAGCUGAAAUAAACCCCACAGUCGAAUCUC